AUGGCCCUCCCAGCCUGGAACAUCCUCAAAGGCAAAACUGCGGCCAUCACAGGCGGCACCACCGGGAUUGGCCGCGCCAUUGCCCUCGAAUUCAUCCGCCAAGGCUGCAACGUCGCCAUCAACCAUCUCGGUCUGGAGAAAGAUGAAGCGCUUCGACACAGUUUACUAGACGAAGUCAAGACCCUGCGACAGGGGAGAGAGUCCGUUGGUGAUGUGCUGGAGAUAGCGGGCAACGUGACUGUUCCGCAGACGAGCGAGACACUGAUCAACGAGGCGGUUGGGCGAUGGGGGAAGUUGGAUAUUUUCGUUGCCAAUGCGGGUGUUUUUAAACAGGCUGAGCUACUCAAAAUCGAACCUGAGCUUCUGGACCAGAGCAUCGACGUCAACAUCAAAGGCGCAUUUUACUCCUGCCAAGCAGCAGCCCGACAGAUGGUUAAACAAGGCCAUGGAGGAUCUAUCAUUGGUAUUUCCUCUGUCAGCGCUUUAGUCGGCGGUGGUCUGCAGACACACUAUACACCGACCAAAGCUGCAAUCCUCUCCAUGAUGCAGUCAAUGGCGAUUUCACUGGGCAAAGAUAAGAUCAGAUGCAAUGCUCUUCUUCCCGGUACGAUCAACACGCAGCUAGCGGAUCAUGAUAUGAAGAACCCGACGAAAAAGGCUGCCUUGGAGGCUAGAAUCCCUCUUGGUCGGAUUGGCAGUCCGGAGGAUAUGGCUGGGCCAGCGGUGUUUUUGGCGUCGGAGGAGAUGAGUCGAUAUGUGAAUGGGGCGCCUCUAUUGGCUGAUGGAGGCAUGUUUGUGAAUCUGCAGUAGACUUACUAGGACUAUAUAUUAUAAACUGAUAUGAACAUUUACAUCGCUU